CCGCUUCACACCGGUACCGAGUGGGUUUAACGGACGUGUUCCGUCGCUGUGUUUGGAUCAAAAAGCGGGAAAGCGGCCGAGCUGAAACGGAACCGAGCAGGACUUCAGCCCAGCAGGACGGACGCGAUGAGCCCGGAGUGAGCGAGAACCUGCAGAGGAUGUUGGAUAAACCGUCCGUGGAGCUCCGAGUGGAGGUCCGGGGAAAGAACGUGAAAGAACCGUUCUGCAGCCAGUACCGCUGCGGCUCUCUGCUGGGCAGCGGGGGCUUCGGUUCCGUGUUUUCGGGCCAGCGGCUGUCGGACGGACUGCAGGUGGCCAUCAAGCAGAUCUCCAGCGACAGAGUCCAGCAGUGGGCCCGCCUGCCCGGCGAGGCGGCUCCGGUUCCCAUGGAGAUCGUUCUGCUGCAGCGGCUGUCAGAGGUCGGAGGUCACGGCGGGGUGGUCCGGCUGCUGGACUGGUUCCACGUGGAGGGACGGGGCUUCCUGCUGGUUCUGGAGAGACCGCCGCAGAGCCAGGACCUGUUCGACUUCAUCACCGACAGGGGGGCGCUGCCGGAACGCCUCGCACUCAGGUUCUUCCGUCAGAUCGUGGCGGCGCUGCGCUUCGUCCACGCUCACGGCGUCGUGCACCGAGACAUCAAGGACGAGAACAUCGUGGUGGACACCAGGACGCUGGACGUCAAGAUCAUCGACUUCGGUUCCGGAGCGCCGCUCAAGGAGACGGAGUACAGCGAGUUCGAAGGCACUCGGGUCUACAGUCCUCCUGAGUGGGUCGAGUCCCGGUCCUACCACGCCGUCCCGCUCACCGUCUGGUCUCUCGGCGUUCUGCUCUUCGACAUGGUUUGCGGCGACAUUCCGUUUGAAGGCGACCACGAGAUCGUGGAGGCCACGCCCCUCUUCACCAGGCGCGUCUCUAAAGAAUGCCAGUCUCUGAUUCGCUGGUGUCUGUCGUACCGACCCGAGGACCGGCCGACUCUGGAGGAGGUUCUGACCCACCCCUGGAUGGACCAGGGAGACCCAGAGGACGAGGAGGAGAGGGGGGACCUGCAGGGGGAGCACAGCCUGCUCCCGGGACAGUCCCUCUGAACCAGAAGAACCCACAGAACCAGAGGAACCUGGACUAGACUUGGGUUCUGGACUCAUCUGGACCGGGAAUGUGACGGGUCUCCUCAGACUUUUGGACUUUUUGUUUCUGGACUUGAAGCUGCAGAUCAGAGUUUGUCACAUUAAAGGCUGUGCCACGCACACUCCUGGUCCUGGUUCUGGUCCAAGUCCUGGUUCUGGUCCUGGUCUCUCUGCAGAAUGAGUCUGAACUCUGGAUGGAUAUUUAUUGAGUCUCUCGGCCGUUUACUGAUCUCUGCUGGUUCCUGAUCACUUAUUUAUUGAUUAUUGAUUAUUGAUCAGUUCGGAGAUGUGGGGAGCACUCAGAACGGCUCCGGUCCAACAGCGCCUCCUGCAGGAUCCGGAUCAGCAGGUGUCCAGCGUCUCACACUUGAACCUGUUGUAACUAAACUUUGAUCCUGAAUCAAACCAGAGGACGUGUAUUGAUGAUUGAUUAUUUAUCGGUUCAGCAGACUCCCUGAUUCGGCCUCAGAGCGUUGACUUGGUCCUUCUGGACUUAAACGUCCUCCAGUGUCUCACCUGAGCAGGUAGCUGAAGGCUCUCCUCGGAGGGCUGAGCUCCCGCCGGAUGUGACGUCACCGUAAAUACGCGUGUAUUUCCUGUUGUUUAUCCUGGAAGUGGCUUCUGGUCACUUGGUUCAGUUUAUUUACAUUAAAUAAGAAUUUAUGGAUCGAAACCAGACAAACUGAUCCGACGUCUGAAUAAAAGAUUUUCUGUCUCCAACUG